GCUCUUUCGACCCGGACAUCGGAAGUGGAUGCACAGAAAACAGGAAACAGUAUUAUUUUCGAGUGAUGUUCGUUUGAUGAGCGUCGACGUUGUGCAACUGAACGUGGAGAUUAUAUGAUUUGGCUGGAUUAAUCGUCUGCUGUAACGAUGGGGUCAUCCAAGAAACACAAGGAGAAGAGCCGCGACAAGGACGCAGAAGAGCGCCGCCGGGAACAUAAGAAGCAUCGCCACAAGGACCGGGAGAGAGAUGGAUCAGACCGGGAUGGUACUCGAGAUAAAGAGAAACGAAAACGCUCCAGGUCCAGGGAAAGAAGCGGGCGAGAGAGCCGCGGCAAAGGUGAACGGGGCGGCGGGGAGCCGCGAGUUAAGAAAGAAAAAGUGGAUCUUGGAUAUGAGGAAAGCAAUGCAGAAAUUGGACCUCAGUCUGCGAGCGGAGAUGCAUCUCUCAGCAUUGAUGAUACAAACAAACUCAGAGCCAAGCUGGGACUGAAGCCUCUAGAAAUGAAUGACAACAAGAAGGAGCUGGGGACCAAAGAGGAGCCACUGGUGGCGGAGACCAUCAACCCUGUUCUCAUCUCAAAACAGAAAGAGAUGAGGGAGAAGCUUGCAGCUAUGAAAGAAAAACGCAUCCUGAACCAGAAACUGGGGAAAGUCAAGACCUUAGCAGAUGAUGGCUGGCUGGAUGACACAGCUGAGUGGGUUGAGAAAAGCAGAACGAUGGCAAAAGAGAAAGAAAUGGCAGAGAAGAGGGCCAAGCUUCUGGAGGAGAUGGAUGAGGAGUUUGGUGUCAGCAGUCUGGUGGAAGAGGAUUUUGCACAAAGCAGAAAGGAGGCCUACACAGCAAGAGAUCUAAAGGGGCUCAAAGUGCAGCAUAAGGUGGAUUCAUUCAACGAAGGCCAGACUGUCAUUCUGACCCUACAGGACAAAGGUGUGCUUGAAGAGGAGGAGGAUGUGCUUGUUAAUGUGGGACUGGUGGACAGAGAAAAGGCAGAGAAGAAUGUGGAGCUAAAGAAGAAGAAGCCAGAUUACAAGCCGUAUGAAGAAGAGGAGAGUGUGGAUGAUAUGGUGACAUUGAAGUCCCACUCAGUACUUUCAAAGUAUGAUGAAGAAAUUGAGGGCGAAAAGAAAAAGAGCUUCCGUUUGAAUGUUGGCGGCUUUGCUGAUGGGGAGCGAGAGCGGGAGCUUCAGGCCAUGAGGGAGGCUUUGAGAAAUCAAGCCCAGUCUCUGGAAAUGCCAGCUCUCAUGAUCGCCUCUGAGUAUUACACACCUCAAGAAAUGGUGGGCUUUAAAAAGACAAAGCGCCGUGUGAAGAAAAUCCGGAAGAAGGAGAAACAUUCAGUUGCCGAUGAGCUUCAUCUCGAUGACACCCGCAGCACCGAUUUUGGGUCCAGGAGUCGGGGUCGAGGUCGCAAACAGCUGGAGGAAGAGGGUCAGGAAGUUAAGGAGGAAGAGGCAGAGGAGGGAGGAGGAGGAGGAGGAGAGGGCACCUCAACACAAAACAUCCCCCUGUUGUCUGAUGACAUCAGGACAGCAGAAAUGGACAUAAGUGAUGAUGAUGAUGGUGACUUUUCACCCUUUGAGCCCACUGUCAUUGAGGAGGAUGAGGCAGAGCAGGAGCUGCAGAAACAACUGGAGAAGCAGAGGAAGCUGAGGCAAAAGCAGCUUCUUAAAGAUUCUGGGGAAAAGGUGGCAGAGCAGAUUAAAAGCCUUGAGAAAGGCAACAUUGAAAAUGAUUCAGAGAAGAAAAACAACAUUGUUUUUAAUGCCACCUCCGAGUUUUGCAGAGCUCUGGGUGAUAUUCCAACUUAUGGACUGUCAGGCAACAGAGAGGACCAAGAAGACAUGAUGGACUUUGAGCAGGAAGAGGAGAAAGAUGAUGCAGGAGGUUCAGACUCCGAAAUGGAUGAGAAUGUUGGCUGGAGCACAGUUAACUUGGAUGAAGAGCAGAAACAACCAGAUUUCUCCACAGCUUCUGCCACCAUUUUGGAUGAAGAGCCCAUUGUCAACUCUGGCCUUGCUGCUGCUUUGCUGCUGUGCAAAAACAAAGGUCUGUUGGACACCCAAAUGCAGAAGGUAGCUCGUGUCAGAGCACCAAAAGGUGCUUUGCCUAAUGACAACUACUGCAUUGAGGACAAGAUGGGCUUUGAUGACAAGUACAGCCGCAGGGAAGAAUACAGAGGCUUCACUCAAGACUUCAAGGACAAGGACGGAUAUAAGCCUGAUGUCAAGAUCGAGUACGUGGAUGAAUCUGGGAGGAGACUCACUCCUAAAGAAGCUUUCAGGCAGCUCUCACAUCGAUUCCACGGGAAAGGGUCUGGAAAGAUGAAGACCGAGAGGAGAAUGAAAAAGCUGGAAGAAGAGGCACUGCUGAAGAAGAUGAGCAGCAGUGAUACUCCUUUGGGGACGGUGGCUUUGCUCCAAGAGAAGCAGAAAUCUCAGAAAACACCAUAUAUUGUGCUCAGUGGGAGUGGGAAGAGUAUGAAUGCAAACACCAUCACCAAAUAAGUUUGGGGUUGAGAGAAUUAACUGUAAAUCAAGAAAUCACUGAAACAUGCACAGAUACAUACACAGAUAGCCCAAUUACACACACGCACACACAAACAUACACACAGAUGUUGUUUUAAGUAACUGCUUUAAUUGUGUCUGAUUCAAACAAGCUUCAUUAUUGUCGUUAAAGAAUUGUCCAAUAAAACGAAUGACAAGGAGA